GGUGACCGCGUCCAACGUUAAGCAAGAAAUCCCCGCCGCCGCCGUCCCCUUCAUCCCCGCCGACUCCUCAAGAUGGUCAGAAUUUACAAGCCCGGAAAAGUUGCGAUCCUCCUUCAAGGUCGUCAGGCAGGCAAGAAGGUCGUUGUUAUCAAGCAGUUGGACGAGGGCACCAAGGAGCGCCCCUACCCGCAUGCCAUCAUCGCCGGUAUCGAGCGUUACCCUUUGAAGGUCACAAAGCGGAUGGGUGCGAAGAAGCUGGCGAAGAGGAGCAAGGUUAAGCCUUUCAUCAAGAAGACCGUCAACUACUCGCACCUUUUCCCCACCCGGUACUCCGUCGAGCUUGAGGGUUUGAAGGGUGUUGUCGCCAGCGAGACGUUCAAGGAGCCGUCACAGCGGGAAGAUGCCAAGAAGCAGGUGAAGAAGCUUUUGGAGGAGAGGUACACCAGCGGAAAGAACAAGUGGUUCUUCCAACCUCUUCGCUUCUGAUCGUCUCGUCGGGUUUCGGUUUCGUCGCUACGCUGUCUUUGACCCCAAAACUCGCAUGUACUUCCGAACAUGUCCAUGUCAUCCUCCCAUGAUUCCAUGCUCUAUUCCAUAUCUGCUUUCCGGGAGUCUUGCUUGUCGCCCAUGUUGGGCUUGGGUGGUCGCUUGAGAAUCGGAUUUGUGACCUUGUACUUCUAGCACGGCAUUCUGUUGAUGGUCCGAUUGCGCGUGUUCAAAGC